AUGGAUUCGAAGGCUUAUGAUGUCCUUCCUAUCUUGGAAGAUGAAGUCAAAUCAGGCUUCGUGUUACAUAGUCAGAUAGGAUCUUUGUUAGAUCAUUUCCUCAAAUACUUGAAAGAACCCCGCUACCAAUCACCACUUACUAUAGCCGAGCUAUCAAACUUAUUUCAAAGAUUUUACAAAGAUUUACAGUCAACUAUUGUGGGACUUUACACGCUGUCUAAUUCAACCAAAAAGCAACUCAUAGCAAACUCGGAGUACUUUAAAUCGGAGCCUCAGAAAUUUGACUACUUGUUAGCAAUUUCAAGCUAUUCCUCUUCAUCUAUUAAACUAGUUAAAAGGUCUGAUCCCGAUGCACUUGUUCAAUUGAGGAUAUUCAAUUAUUACAAAUUCUUGAGAAUUUUUGAAUCCAUAGAAAAUGCUAUCUUGAAUCUUUUUACUUCCAAAAGCCUGGGAGAAGGUACUACUUUGUUUGAAAAGAUUUUCAAAUUUGAUCAAAGGGAUAUAAUAUAUCAAGAGUUUCUAGAUGAAAAGCUAAGUGCCUUGAAAAAUUUAGAUAUUCCUUUCUCUAAGUUCCAUGAGGCAGAUGACGAAGUACUCGGAACAUUUCUUGAAAAUUUAACAGAAGAUGAUAUACUAGAAAUCAACCAAGUGUUUGUUGAACUAUCGCAUAAUAUCACUCCAUAUUCAAAGCUCGUUAAGAUUGUAGAGCUACAAAAACUUGUGUCGAAGCUACUUUCAAAAGUUUAUGAAUAUGAAAAAAUCAAUAACGAUAUACUACUUCCAACAAUUAUUUAUUUGAUAAUUUAUAAGUUGAACCCAAGAGAAAUAUAUUUAAAUUUCGUAUUCAUUCGAAAUUUUGUUUGUUUACUUGAUCCAUAUAAUAUUGAAUUGUUACAAAUUAACGUAACCACUUCUUACGUUCCAACUAUUAGAGAUAAUAAGUCCGUCCAAAAGCAAAUUCGCAGGGCUAAUUUGUUUCAUUUACUAAACUUGGACGAAAUGCAGAAUAGAAGUCUAGAAGGGAAUAACGCGGAUUUUUUCAGCAAUGAUAAAGAUCUUAUUAAUUACAUUUCUAGCAAAUUCUUGAAUAAUGGAGAAUUAAAUUUCUAUUUAACUAACUUUGAAGCUGUAAUUGUUUUCUUGUCGAACAUACUUUUGUCUGAGCUAGCACCAGAAGAAAGCAGUACAAAUAGUCUCUUAUUACAUUCGAUUAAUGUGCUUAUAGAUCAAGAGAUAUCUGCUCACUUUCAAUUUCCAGAAGGAAAGUUAACAGAAGAGCUCAAGAUUAAAGAUGAUUUUGAAAAGUCAAGUCGCUCAAGGUCAUCGUCGCUUUUGAAUACGAUUAGCAAUAAAAUUACUGAAACAAGGUCAAGAUCCAACAGCUCCAUUGUCAAUAGCUUGAAAUCAUCAAAUAUAUCAUUAAACAGAGAGAAUUUCCCCACUUUAUCUUCCAAUGACGGCGAUUCUUUAAAUUCACCUGCGACUGAGGCAGAUAACACUUCCAGUUUUGCCAUGAUGAAGAAUAUCAUAGGACGGCUAAGUUCUGUGUCGGUGCCUCAGUUUCGGACAAAUGAGGAAGUUUCAACACCAGAAGGAAUGGAUAUUGCGAAUCAUAAGAGAUCGACUUCCUUGAUAAGUCGGAUUUCACCGAAUCAUAGCAGAACUAGAUCCUCGUCUCUUGAGACAGCUAUACCAGUUCAACUGUCUAACAGAAAUUCGAUAACUUCUAAAUUCACAACUGGAAUGUCAGAAUUGAUGACAAAAUUCAAUACGAAUAUCAGUGAUCAAACUAACACUGAUACGUCUUCACAGAUUCUUGAAACUAUGAAUCCAUCAACAUCAUUGGAAACGCAUGAUACAUCAAUUAUUACUUCACCAAGACGCCCAGACUAUAGUAGGGGAAGAACUACAAGCUUGCAAGUCAUGGAUAAAUGGUUCAAUAAUUUAAGCAAUAGCAAUAACAACGACCUGAAUCACCAAGCCAAUAAUUUGACUCAUUCAGAUGAAGGUUCUAUUUCAUCUGGUUCUCUUCUAGAUUUAACCAAGUACCAGAAUGUUGAUUUCGAAUCGCUCAGCAUCAUCGAUUUAAAAAAUUUGAAGGCAUGCUAUGACCAGUUGUGCAAAGAGCUUUGCAAAGAAUCUAUUAUUACAAAAAUCUAUGAAGAGCAUUGA